AUAAACUGAACCGUGUGCAAAAACAAGUCACCGGGUUACCUACAGAAACGAAACGGAAAGCACCUUAUUAGCUCUUACUUGUUAAUUAAGGCUUGACAGUUCUCAAUAACCUGAAAAUGCCAGUCAAAGCUGUAUGUGUUUUGUCAGGAGACAAAGGUGUUACGGGUACAAUUGCGCUAACCCAACAGGGUGAUUGUGUGCAUGUUACUGGGGAAAUAAAAGGCCUAGCAGAUGGCGAGCAUGGAUUCCAUGUGCAUGAAUUUGGUGACAACACAAAUGGUUGCACAAGUGCAGGUGGCCAUUUUAACCCUAAGGGAAAAGAACAUGGAGCUCCAGUGGAUGAUGAAAGACAUGUUGGCGAUCUUGGUAAUGUAUCAUCUAAGGAUGGUGAAUGCAAAGUAGAUAUCACAGACAAGAUGAUCAACCUUACAGGAGAGCAUUCUGUCAUUGGCAGAACAGUUGUGGUACAUGCAGAUAUUGAUGAUCUUGGCAAAGGAGGUCAUGAGCUGUCGAAAACUACAGGAAAUGCUGGUGCACGAUUGGCUUGCGGUGUCAUUGGAAUUACCAAAUAAGAAAGCCCCAUUUGAUAUUUGCAACAGAUGUUUAUAGUUCUUAAACAUUGCAGUUUACAUCUGUAAAAGACGUUCAUGAUUGUCAUACAUGGUUGUCACAACUUGUUCUUACGCAUUGAUUUUGUCUAGAUCUAUCUUUUCUCAAGCUAAUGCACAAAGAUGGUGGAAGAAAUUUAUUAUUUCUGCAUUUGCAGUAGUAAUUUGGCAGCCUCAGAAGUAAUAAAUAUGCUAAAGAAAAAAUAUUGAUAAUUGUAAAUUUUAUUGUCAAAACAGUUACAUGUGAAUUUACUGCCAAGAAAAUCGAACUAUUCUAUCACAAGUAUACAAGUUGUAAAAGUAUCAGAAUUCAUGUUUUGUCUUUGUAACAUCAUUGUCAAUUUAUUUAUGUUGUAAAAGUUGUAAAAUAAGUAAUGAUAUCGUUAACAAAACUGUCAUAGAAAAAUGUAGUCAGAAUGCUUAGACCUUAAAUACUGUAUACAGACAGCUUUAUGAUUCGUCCAUAGUUAAAAUCUUUAAACAGCAUUCUUAUUGUCCUCAAAAAGUGAAGAAUUAUUUUAGGCUUAGACAGGAACUGCUGAAUUACGAAAAAGAAAAUUUAUGUCUAAUGUUUUCUUGAUAGUUAAAUAGCAGCAUAUGUCAGAUUGCACACUUUAUAAGUAUUUAUUCAGUCAGACUAUGAAUAAAUAUAUAAGACAAAAAGAUCAUAUUAUUAUUGAGUCUUAAUGAUGAAGAAAUAGGCAGAAAAUUUACCAAGGCUUGUUACACGCUUUUCAUGCUAAAGGGAUGCAGGCAUUGAAAAAGUAAUGGAUAUUUUCUGUAUGUGGCAAUGGCCGUAACAGAAAUGCCAAACAAAACUUAUGACGGGUACUUUUUGUGACAAAUAUUUUUCAGUAUAGUUGGCUUGCUGUUCCUUCAAGUAACAGUACAAUAUAUACAUGGCAGCAUUCCUUUUGUAUUGUUUUAGAAUUAUGUCUGAAGUAUAUUUGAAUUAUUAAUUACUAAUUAGUGAUUUUGUUCUGAUUAAAGAAAUAAUGAGCUUAUCAUGUAUAAUCGGUGUAUUUUGUGAGAGCAUUGAUGUGCUGUAAUGAUUUUCUUUGCUGUAGUGAUUUUUCCCCUGUAAUUUUGUAUUGGUGCACCAAUUACCUAUGUUAUAUUAUCAAAAUAAAUAGACAGAAUGAUA